CCUUUACGACGUGUAAGGUGCCUUUAAAAUUGCACAGGGUUGUCUCAAUAUGAGUGAUAAAUUGCGCAGUUCAAGUGACACAAAAUGUAACCGUCGCCUCUCUGGUGAUUCGUGGGAGGACCUCAGCAAGGAGCUGCGCCACUCGCUGAAUCGGUUCAGUUCCCCGUCGUUCCUGCACUCUCUGCCGAAUUCGACGAGCCCCAACCAUGUGGACCAAGAGGACUCGAUCACCAUCCCGGCCCCGCAGCAGAGGGCUCCCGUGUCGACUCCGCCGCGCAAUUUCUCGGAAGUGAUCAUCACCACGACCCACUGCCACGACAUCUGUGUGGGCCCGGAUGAAACUCAGCUUCCCAAUCCACCAACAGAGGCGCCGGACGGCACCGAGUACGAGCAGGACCGACCAGCGCUGGUCUACGACGGCUGGGACCAGACGAUCCCGAAUCGAAUCGAGGUCAAGUAUAUCCCCAUGUCACUGCAGUGGUUUCAGGGACGCUUCCACGACCGGACCGAAAUGGUCGGCAGCUUCAAGAAGGACUGCCGCUCGUGGCUGUGGAAGAACAAGCCGGCGCAACUCUACGCCUUCACCGGUGACGUGGUGGACACACCGCUCAUCACCGAGCUGGCGCCGCAGGAGCACGCGCUCUCGCCCAUCUGCGAGGGCGAACGGGAACCCGGACAGUACUAUAAUGAUCUGGAAAUUCCGAGCGAAUGACGGACCCACGGGACGCAGGUGGACUACAUAUCCUUCGCAUUCGUGAAGUGCCAACAGUGUUCUUUCGCUCGGCUCGCAAGAUAAUGAGCUGAUGAGCGAUUGUUUCUUUUGUAUAUAUCGGAUAUUGGCUGAAUUUGUCCGAGUUUCGUGUCGAGAAGGUUGAGUCUUUUGCAUCGAUUUCAUAUUAUAUAUAGGCGAUCCCUUAUUCGCGUUUGAAGUCGCUAGACUUGGGCACUUGUGGCUUGAUAAUGUGAGACACGGUGUGAUGUGUUUUCCGAUUUCUAAUCACAUUCAAGAGACUUCUCUCGACAGCCUCGGACACCAGUACGCCUAACACCUUCCGUAACUAUGUGUCGUCACGCUGGUGCCUAUGAGAAUAAAUAUGGUGGCAUUAACUGA